AUGCGUGAAUACGAGGAACUUGGUCACAUGGAAAAGGUUCCAAAUGAUCAAUUACAUAAUCCAAAUACAUAUUACAUACCACAUCAUUCGGUCUACAAGGGAACAAAAAUUCGGGUAGUUUUUGAUGGUAGCAUGAAGUCCGACAACGGUUUGGCCUUAAAUCAAAAUUUACUUGCGGGUCCAGUUAUUCAGCAGGACAUUUUCGACAUAACACUUAGGUUCAGAACAUUUCAAUACGUUAUCAACGCUGACAUUGCUAAAAUGUAUCGGCAAAUUUAUUUAAAUACACCCGAUCGCGAUUACCACCGAAUAUUUUGGCGUGAAAACAGGGAAGAUCCCAUGCAAGUCUACCGUUUGACAACAGUCACAUAUGGGACCACCAGUGCCCCAUUUUUAGCAAUACGAUCACUUCAACAAUUAGCACACGAAAACCGGGAGUCAUUUCCAAAUGCAAGUGCCAAAAUCAUUCGAGAUUUUUGUGUUGGUGACUUACUAUCAGGUGCUGAUUCCCUGCCACAAGCCAUGGAAUUACAAUCACAAAUUGACAACAUUUUACGCUCAGGAGGUUUUCAUUUAACAAAAUGGGCAUUUAAUGACAUAAAUUUAAUACCUGAAAUUGAUCGCACCUUUACCGACAAUUUUAAUUUCGACAAGCAUGACACAAAUAAAACACUAGUAAAGGCAAAAUUGCUAUUACAACAAUGUUGGUCGGCAAAUUUAAGCUUGGAUCAGAGGGUUGCCCAAAACAUUCAUGGUGAAUGGCUAAAUCUCAUUCACGAUUUAACACAUCUGGAUAAAAUUCGUAUCAGUCGCAAAACAAUACCUCCAAACGUCACUAAUAUAGAGUUACAUGGAUUUUCGGACACUUCCGAAAAGGCUUACGGUGCAGCUAUCUAUUUACGAACUGUCGGCAUUGACGGAAAUGUUCAAAUUCAAUUAUUGACCUCAAAAUCGCGCGUCGCGCCAAUCAAAAGAGUGACAAUUCCAAGAUUGGAGCUAAUGGCGACAGUACUUUUAUCCGAUUUAACAACUCGCAUUUCUCAAAUAUUAGACAUCACUAUAUCAGCUAAAUUCUUUUGGACGGACUCGACCAUAGUUUUACAUUGGUUGUCUAAACCGGCUACACACUGGCAAAUUUUUGUAGGUAAUCGAGUAGCGCAAAUACAAUCUAAUUGCAACAUUGACCAGUGGCGUCUUGUUAACGGUGUCGAUAAUCCCGCCGAUAUAGUUUCACGAGGAAUGUCCCCAGAACAAUUGUCAAAAUGUACUCUAUGGUGGCACGGGCCACAUUGGUUAACAAAAAACUCAAACAAUUGGCCAGACUUCGAUGAGGCGCGCAUCAAAAUCGUCAGAUUUGUUCAAAAACAAGCUUUUAGUAACGAAUUUAGCGACUUGAAAGAAGGUGGUGAGAUCAAAAUAACAUUAUCAGAGUUGGCGGAAGAAUAA